UACAUUGUAUUCAAAAGACAACUGAUGUCCAUCAUAUUAUGUGAAAGUCAACUAAUUUCGUCUAGUUUUUUAAACUUCCAAACAUUAUUUUUUAAUUUACUUGAUUGAGUCACAUGCUCAUAAGUGCCAAUACAGUCCACAGAUAGUUUAUAUAGGUAUUGAAAUAAAAAAGUUUUAUUUUCAUUAGUUCUUCCAAACCAUCGCAGAUCUUCAACUAAAACAGAAUCAACACUGGAAUAAUAUAUACGUCAUAAAGGCCCACUGUUAGGGACUAAUAAAAAAAGUAACCGUCAACUAAAUAAUUUCAAAGCUUGUCAUCUAUUAAAACAACACCAAGAAUUUAAAACAUUUAAGCUAUGCUUAGAUGCUUUACAAUAUACCUAAAGCUUAUAUUAUUUUUAGAGUACGCAAGCAGGCAUUUAUAUUGAAAUUUUUAAGAUGAACUUGACUAAAGAGAGCUUUAUUCUGAUCUCUGUUUUCGCAAUAUGCUGCUCUUGUUUUACUACAAAGGGAAAACUCAAUUCUCUAAGCUAUGAAGAAGCCCGAAAUGCAGUUAUGGACGCCGAAGAUCUGCUUUCAACUGGCGGAACAAUUCUUUUAUCACAAAAAGAACAAUUAGUUAAUAGGAUAUUUAUGAAACAUAAGCUAGCUGAACUUUCUGAAGGUUUUCUGGAAAAUGACGAAACCUAUGCACCUGGAAUGCAUUUUUUCAAAGCUAAGAAAUUAAUUGAAAAAAGUAAAGUUUUUCAAUUUUUACAAGAAAUGCCAAAAGGUGCUCUUUUGCAUGCUCACAAUAGUGCAUUGGUUUCUUCGGAAUGGGUCAUAAGAAAUCUAACUUACAUGCCAGGACUUUUAAGUUGCGUCGACAAUUCAGGAGUUACAGUAUUUACGUUUCGCAAAAGCCCUAUUAAACAUGAUUGCAAUUCUUCCUAUUCGUUAGUUAGCUUAAGAAGGCAGAAAUCAUGGAAUAAGACAGAAUUUGACAAAGAGUUGGAAAAAACGAUCAACUUGUACACUCCUUUUCCAGAGGUGGAAUAUUCGAGCUUAAACAAAGUUUGGGCCAAAUUUCAAAAUGUGUUCAACUCAAUUUCGGAUGUUUUGAAGUAUAUUCCAGCUUUUCGUACUUAUCAUUGGCGUUUAUUGGAGGAAUUAUAUCACGAUGGGAUCAUGUAUCUUGAAUUGAGAAUGGAGUUUAAAACGCUCUACGAUGAAGAGGGUGAAGAAUAUCCUCCACAAUUUGCUGCCAAUGAGCUUAUAGCAAUUGUACAAAGGUUUCGUGCUUUAUAUCCUGAUUUUCUCGGAGUCAAAGUUAUUUACUCAACAAAUAGGAAAGUGGAUCAGAAACGGGUUUCAAAUAAGUUGGAAGCAUUUAAAAAGUUUCACCAAGAAUAUCCAAAAUUUGUAAUUGGAUUUGACUUAGUUGGUCAGGAAGACUUAGGGAAUUCACUUUAUGACUUUAUUGAAGAACUGAAAGAGCUUCCAGAAACUGCUAAAUACUUCUUCCAUGCAGGAGAAACAAAUUGGUUCGGAUCUUCAUCUGAUUAUAACCUUCUUGAUGCUAUUCUUUUAAAUUCUACCAGAAUUGGACAUGGUUAUGCUUUAGUUAAACAUCCUGUUUUAUGGAAUGCUGUUAAAAAACGUGAUAUUGCUUUGGAAGUGAGUCCAAUAUCAAAUCAAGUUUUAAAUUUAGUCUGGGAUCUGAGAAAUCAUCCGGGGGCAUUUUUUAUUUCGGAAAAUAUGCCAAUUGUGAUAACAAGUGAUGAUCCGGGUUUUUGGAAUACCAAAGGAUUGAGUUAUGACUUUUACUAUGCCAUUAUGAGUUUUGCACCAAAUCAUGCAGGUUUAAAAACUCUGAAGCAGUUGGUGUGGAAUUCAAUUAAAUAUUCGGUUUUAAAUGAAUAUGAAAGGAAAGAGGCAUAUGCGUUAUUGGAUCAGAAGUGGGAUGAGUUCUUAGACCGAAUUAUUGAGAAUGAUGUUUAAUGUGAAAAAUAUUCAGAUAUAUUUUAAUAAAAAUGACUGAUAGAAUGUA